ACCACCUGGGCUCCUGUAGAACCCCCACUGGCCUGGCACUGUCCCUGAAGAUGCCCAGCACGUCCCCUCGUCCCCAGGCCCGCGGGAGCCCCUGUGCCUCUCCAGCUGCUCUUUCUGAUGUUGGCAUCCGCCCGCCCUCCUGGGCCUUCACAGACACCCUGCACCUCCUGAUGCUGUCCCGCGCCCCCCCCAUCACAAGCGCCCCCGAGGGCGGCCUCCUCCGUGGCUGGUUCCUGCCCUCCUGGGUGCAGCUGUGGCUGGGCGUGUCCCUGACGCAGACUGUCCCCUGCUGAGAAAACACCCGCUCAGAGGCGGGGUUGGAAGGCGGCACCCUCUGUUUUUCUCUACAACCUCAGCGCCUAAGGCUGGCGGGGAUGGCGGACACGAGAUGGCGCGAGGGCCAUCCCCAGAGGACACGCUCGCUCCUCCGGCUGCAGCAGGCGGCUCAGCGGCUGCGCCGGGACCUGCGGGAACUCCGGGCCUCCUCUGCGGACCUUCUCCGGAGCUGCCGGGACCAGCAGCAGGGCUGUCUCUCCCAGGUCCUGGCGGCCGUGCAGAGCGUGCAGCACUACGGGGCGCGGCCGUCGUGGCGCGCCAGGGCCCUGAGCCUGGAGCAGUCCUUGCAGGAGCUGAGCGCACGCUUCCACCGCGAGAGGCAGAGGCGGCGGCGGCUGCACAACUGCCUGGUGGAGCUGCAGGGGAACAUCAGAGUCCACUGUCGGAUCCGCCCCGCACUGCCCACGGCCGCCGAGCCUCACGACCCCGUGUCACACAGCAGCUCUGCGUCCGGAGACGUGGCCCACGCGGUGGACGACGAGACCGUCGUGGUGAGGUGCAGCCGGCCCGGUCACCACUCCAUCCACAAGACGUUUAACUUUGAGAGGGUCUACAGCCCGGCGGAGGGCCAGGCCGCGGUGUUUGCAGACGUGUGCCCCCUGCUCACGUCUCUGCUGGACGGGUACAACGUCUGCAUCAUGGCCUACGGCCAGACCGGGAGCGGGAAGACCUACACCAUGCUGGGCCCGCAGCCCCCGGGCGCGUGGCUUCUCUCCUGUGUCACGUGUCUCCCGCCCCCGCCCACCAGGCUUAUGUCAGAAGAUCCCUCGGAGCAACCCAGGGUCGAGGUCUCCAUCGUGGAGGUUUACAACAACGACAUUUUCGACCUUCUGGCCAAAGACGGCUGCGCAGCGACGGCCGGGCUCAGGCGCGAGGUGCUGACCACCAGGGAGGGGAGGACGGAGGUGUCCCCGCUGACCUGCCUGUCUGUCGGGAGCGCAGGGGAGUUGACGGAGCUGGUGGGGGCCGGCCUGCAGCGCCGGGCCAGGCGUGCCACCUCCGUGCACGCGGAUUCUUCUCGCUCUCACCUGGUCGUCACGGUGACUCUGACCGCGGCCGCCUCCAGGGACAGCACCCGGGCGUCUGGAGCGAGAGGACCAGCCCUGAGGGAGGCGUCCUUCAUCAACCGGAGCCUGGCGGCCCUGGCGGACGUCCUGGGGGCCCUGGCGGCACGCCGAGCCCACAUCCCCUACCGCAACAGCAAGCUCACCCACCUGCUGCAGGACGCCCUGGGAGGCGACGCCAAGCUGCUGGUGAUCGUCUGCGUGUCCCCCGGCCGGGAGCACGUGGCCGAGACGCUCUUGCGGGCCGCGGGCCGCCCGUCCAGCUGGAUCUUAAACUUCUUCCCCUGGAGGAGGAGAAGGUGGAUCGACAAGGACCAGGACGACAGGGGCAGCGUGUGA